AUGUCCGCGGAGUUAGUUAAGCUCACAAAUGCGCUUUUCCAUGAUCCCCAGGGUUAUGGAAAAAAAGCCAUCCAGAUCUUCAAAAAUCCUGUAAAUUUCACAAUUCGCAAGAAUGAAAAAUGGGCCAUCAUCGGAGAUUCGUCAAAGUCACAACUGCUAAGAGUCUUGGCUGGUUCUUAUCUUCCAAACACAGCACAUGCUAGAAGGUAUCCAGAGUCACUCCAUAAUACGAAAUUUGCCGCUGAAUUGCUUAAGUUCGUGAAUAAUGGAAACUGGGGAUACGGUGCAAGUGAUAAAACAGGUGGCUUCACGCAUCUCUCGAGUCGGUAUGAAUUCUUCAAAGAUUUGGAGGUUGAUAUCGUUACCAGGGAUUUUAUUGCAAGCAAGAGUGUGAAUUCAAACACACCAUACGAUGGGGCCAAGAUCGAUGAACUAGCAGAUAAACUAUAUUUGGUGGGCCUUGAAGACAAAUACUUGACUACUUUGAGUAAUGGCCAGUUCCGGAGAGCUCGGAUCGCCAAGGUUCUAUACAGAGAGCCAUCACUAUUACUUAUCGAUGAUCCAUUCCUUGGUCUAGACCCUAUAGCCACCAAGAGAGUUUCCAAUGUUCUAGAUGGCAUUGCAUCCAGCAGGAAUGAGCCAAGCACUACAAUUACGCUUGGACUUAGAGUUCAGGAUAAGAUCCCUGCAUGGAUCCAAAAGGUGGCUAUUGUAGAUAAGACUGGAAUAACUCACCAGGGUCGAAAGAGCGACUUGGAAGGUGAGCUCAAAAGGAUCAAAGAGGAGUUUUACGAGCAUCACGAGCAAGUUUUACACCGGAUGACCAAGCAAAUCAACAUAUCUGUUCCCGAGCGUCUUCGUGAAGAUAUGGAAGUUCACGCGAAUGACAAUAUUAUAGAAAUGGAUAACGUCAGCAUCAAAUACAAAGGUGUUCCCGUGAUUAAGAAUCUUCACUGGAAUGUUAAAGAGGGAGAGAAGUGGCAUAUUCGAGGAAGAAAUGGAUCCGGCAAGACAACGCUUCUUUCCUUAAUUACGCUUGAUCACCCACAGGCUUGGAAUAGGAGAAUUAUCGUUGAAGGUAAGGCCAGGUUUGCUGGAAAUGUGAAUUACUUCGAUGCAAAUAAGCACAUCGGCUUUACUUCUCCCGAGUUACAUUCAAUAUUUCCUCAUGACUUGACUGUUGUGCAGGCAAUAUCCACUGGCUACAUUGUUGGCUCUUACGUUCCGCCUAAGAAUCUACCUGAAGCAAAAAGAAGUAAGAUUCUGAAGUAUUUGAAGAUGGUUGACCUUGAAAAUACUGCAAACCAAAGAUUCGGCAACCUAUCAGUGAGCCAUCAAAAGUUAGUCCUACUUCUCAGGGCUAUGAUCAAUGAUCCGAAGAUUCUGAUUCUUGAUGAGGCUCUAAGUGCCAUGACUGACGAAGACGUUAUCAAGGGAAAGUGCAUUGUCGAUCAGUGGAACGGAGGAUGCUGUCUUAUGAUUGGCCAUGUGGAUGAAGAAGUUCCUCAGUGUGAUAAGUACCUUCUCAUGAACCAGGCCAGAAAUGGUAUCUACGAGAUCGGUGAUGUUACCAAGACCAGAAGGAAUCUCAAAUGA